CGCGAAGCCAAACAGCCAAAACCAAAACCACGCCAAAACAACUCGCUCGCUCGCGAACUUUUCAGCAGGGUGCGGUCCAAAACACUUGUGCCAAACACAACCCUUCCGUCCUCGGCUGGCUCGCUGCUUGCGUCUUCCCGCACCCCACACACGCACACGCACACACGCACAAGCACGCAUACGCAGCACAGUCCUGCCUUCUGCGCGUUCAAACACCCUUGCUGACAUCUUCCACGAAGGAGAAGGCGGCGGCGCGGCAACAACGACCACCAAACAGCCACUGCACAGGUGCUCGCUUGCUUGGCGACACCGUUGCCUGCCUCCACUUGCCUGGGCAGCCACAACCAAAACGGCAACGUGCUGCGACGUCGCCACACACUUCAAGGUGGCCGCAGUGGAAUGCGACCCGCCGCCCGCGCGGGUCAGCACCACCCGUUGCAUGUGUCUGUCGUUCGGACCCUCAUCACAGCGCUGCUCCUGUCACUAUGCUGGCAAGCGGCGUUGCUCCAGCCUGCAGCCUUCCUGGCUGCAGCUGACCCUUCAUCAACAACCACAACAACAACAACAACCACAGAAGGGAUUGGGUUGUCCACAACACAGGAUAUGGGCACGCUCGCACAGACAACCACUGUCGCAGACACGAUGCAGCCCACCACUGCAGACACCAGCAACACCACCAGCAGCGAUACAACCACGCCAGAACCGACAACGGACACUGCGGAGAUGACCACGGGGGAGCUGACGACGACAGAUGACGUGGGCGAUCCCGCAACAUCAACAGCGCCCAUGACAACCAUAAACGCAGUGUCGUCGUCAACCAGUACCACCGCACCAAUUGAGACAACGACUGGCACCGACCUGACCACCACCGACACCCUCGAGGAAACCACCGCUGACACAUCCACAUCAACAAGUACAUCGACAAGCACAUCCACAAGCACAUCCACCUCCACCUCCAGCAGCAGCAGCACGUCGGCGAUUGACACGACCAGUGCUGACCUGACGACAACGGAGGGGCUUGAGGAAACGACCACAGACACAUCCACUUCAUCAAGCACGUCCACAUCCACAUCCACAAGUACCUCCACAUCCACAUCCACCUCCACCUCCACCUCCACCUCCACCUCCAGCAGCAGCAGCAGCAGCACGUCGGCGAUUGACACGACCAGUGCUGACCUGACGACAACGGAGGGGCUUGAGGACACGACCACAGACACCUCAACAUCCACGUCCACAUCCACAUCCACAAGUACGUCCACAUCCACUUCAUCAAGCACGUCCACAUCCACAUCCACAAGUACCUCCACAUCCACGUCAACCUCGACAUCCACAUCCUCGUCCACCUCCACCUCCACCUCCAGCAGCAGCAGCAGCAGCACGUCGGCGAUUGACACGACCACUGCUGACCUGACGACAACGGAGGGGCUUGAGGAAACGACCACAGACACAUCCACUUCAUCAAGCACAUCCACGUCCACAUCCACAAGUACCUCCACAUCCUCUGCUGACCUGACGACAACGGAGGGGCUUGAGGACACGACCACAGACACCUCAACAUCCACGUCCACAUCCACAUCCACAAGUACGUCCACAUCCACUUCAUCAAGCACGUCCACAUCCACAUCCACAAGUACCUCCACAUCCACGUCAACCUCGACAUCCACAUCCUCGUCCACCUCCACCUCCACCUCCAGCAGCAGCAGCAGCAGCACGUCGGCGAUUGACACGACCACUGCUGACCUGACGACAACGGAGGGGCUUGAGGAAACGACCACAGACACAUCCACUUCAUCAAGCACAUCCACGUCCACAUCCACAAGUACCUCCACAUCCUCGUCCACCUCCACCUCCACCUCCACCUCCAGCAGUAGCAGCAGCACGUCGGCGAUUGACACGACCACUGCUGACUUGACAACAACGGAGGAGCUUGAGGAAACGACCACAGACACCUCAACAUCCACGUCCACAUCCACGAGUACGUCCACAUCCUCGUUCUCAUCCAGUUCUGUCAAGACAACAGCUGACCUGACGACAACGAAUGACCUUGAAACAACGACCCAGGAGCUUCUGGAAACAACAACAGACACGAGCACAAGCACAAGCACAAGUUCGAGCACGUCAACCUCGACAUCCACCAGCACGAGCAGCAGCUCCACGAGUGGUGUCACAACAGAUGACCUCACGACCACCGAGGCCCUGGAAGAGACGACCACAGACACGUCCACAUCCACGUCAACAUCGAGCUCAACAUCAACAUCGAGCUCAACGUCUUCAUCGACGUCCACAUCCACAUCGACGAGCAGCAGUGUUGAGACAACAGCUGCGCUGCCGACCACGGGUGACGUUGAGACAACAGCUCAGGACCUGCAGGAGACAACAACAGACACGAGCACAAGCACGUCAACGUCCAGCUCAACGUCCUCGUCCAGCUCCACAUCCUCGUCUUCAUCAACUUCGACGUUGACAUCUACGUCAAGCACUACAGAUGUGCUGCCGACAACCCCGCUUGCUGUGACGACAGAGGGGAUGCCAGAAACGACGACAGACACGAGCACAAGCACCUCAACCUCAACCUCAACCUCAACCUCAACCUCAACCUCAACCUCAACCUCAACCUCAACCUCAACCUCGUCGUCCUCCUCCACGUCGUCAUCAUCGUCCACCAGCACGAGCACCACCACCACCAGCACAAUCGACUUGCCCACAACCCUGCUGCUUGUUGAAACGACAGACCGUCUCCCGGACACCACCACUGACACGAGCACCAGCACUAGCACGUCCAUCUCGUCAUCCACCUCCACGUCAACAUCAUCCUCAUCCUCCACAUCGACGUCAACUUCAACGUCUUCCUCUUCCUCGUCAUCCAGCUCUUCUGCAGUGUUGCCUGACACGACAUUUGCCAUCCCAACGACAGACGUUGGCCUUGAGCCAACGACCCAGGACACUGUCACAUCCACAUCUACCUCUACAUCCACAUCUACCUCCACAUCCACAUCUACCUCCACAUCCACAUCCACCUUCACAUCGACGUCAAGUUCCUCGAGCUCAUCCACAACAAACUCGCAAGUCGCUGUGCCCGAGUCCACGUUUGUUGUUCCGACGACCGAUAUCGGUGGUGAACUGACAACCCAAGACGUCACCUCGACCUCCACAUCGUCGUCCACCUCCACAUCGUCGUCGACCUCCACGUCUUCAACAGCAUCGACAACCACCACGACCAUGCCUGCGGUCGACACCACCUUCCAGGACUUUGAUGCCACCACGCACGCUGAUUUGCCAACCACAGAUGCGCUGCCUGGUGCUGCCGAGCGCGGUGCUCAAGCAACGUUGGAGGAGGACUGGCUGUCCACGCCAGACUGGACAACGACGGCUGAAGGAACAAAGGCACCAAGCGCGGUGGCGACAACGAUGGCUGGUGAUGACACGACAGUAGGCGAGCAGGUCACGGUGGACAGUUUGGGCAGCACGGUCGACGCCCUGCCCACAACCGCUGAUCAUGUGGCUGAUGCCACAGCCACAGCUACAGCCGGCACGACGACAACCACAACGACAGGGCUGCCUGACACCACAGCGUGGGAGGAAACAUCUGCGGAUGUUGACGUGGUGACCACAGAUGUGCCUGCCACUGCCAAUCCCAGAGCAGGGGCAACAACCGAACCGAGCACACCGGCCACAGCGGCUGCUGCACCGACAUCGCAGGACUGGGAAGCAACGACUGCCGAUGACGCUGUCGCCAGCACUGCAGAUGUUGUGUCAUCUUCUUCCGAUCUUACAACAACUACAGCCACCACCACCACGACAACAACAACAACAGCGGACGUCCAGAUUACGAGUGACGCGGGUGCUGCGACAACAGAAGAUGAUGAGCAGCUGCUGACCACCGCCGAUGGCGUGCUAUCGUCACCGGCAGCCCCACCAACAGCGGGUGCAACGGCGCGUGUGGCAACAACAACCCAGGAUGACGAACUGGUGAGCACAGGUGCGUCUGAGACGACGGACGAUGCUGGCGGUGCGGCAAGCACGAUUGACCUGAAUGACGCGCGCACGGUGUCAACGCUCAGACCAGCGGGUGCAGAGCCGCUCGCCACCACCACAACCGCGACAACCACGGCUCAGCCCGUGACGUCGACGAUGAUGGAGACAUCAACGGCACUCCCAGACACCACCACCGGCGAGGAUGCUGCGGCAUCGACUGUUGAUGAGACGACAACAGACACACUGGAAGACACAACGAGCGAAGCAGCAUCCACAACCGCCCAUGCCGAAGACACAACGGCUGACGUCACAACAUCUGCACAGGACGCUCCGCUCACAACCACCGACGCUGGCACAGCAACCACACUGCCAACAACAGCGACUGCUGAGGCGACUACCGCAGACGAAACCACAACAAAUGGCGCCAUUGAAACAACGACAGCGGAAGCUGUGGCGACAACGACAGACGGCCUACCCGCGAGCACAGCAGGUGCAUCCACCACAACCGUGGCAACGACAGAAACAGCAACAACAGCUGCUGCUGUUGACACGACAACCGAUGACGACAUGACAACACGCGAUGCCAUCGACACCACGGCGGACGAUUUUACAACCACCGCCGCCGCCGCCACCACCACUGCUACGACGGCUACUUCCACCACGACGCCUGUUGUUGAGACGACGACGUUGGAUGAUGUCGCCACAACCACCAGCGACUGGGACACGACGGUGGACGCUGAAGGGUCUCUGUCGUUCUCGGCAGCGACAACCACGACCCAGGCACCCAGCGUUCCCACAACGCACGAUGAUCCCACAACGCACGAUGAUCCCACAACGCGUGCCGAAGCCGAAACAACAACGGAUGACUUGGUCACGACGACGACGUUGACAACCAGUACCACCAUCCCCACCACGGCUGUGGAUGGCACGACACGCGAUGAUGCCACAACCUGGGAUGAGGGCGCCACGACAACAGAUGGUUCUGUCGACACCUCAGCUCCAUCAACUGCAACAGCUAUUCCUGCCACGACGCGUGCUGAGCAAACGACGCAUGAUGAAGCUGCUCUCACCACCACUGACGAUGUCCAGCCUACGACUGAUGAUGGUUUGACUACCACCACCACCACCACCACGAUGACGACAACGACAUCAAGCACCGCAUCAACCACCACAUCAACAACAGCAGCGGAUGCGACAAUUGAGGUGGCAACGACACUCGAUGAGCAAACCACGCGCGAGGCGGUGGAGACGACGGAUGCUGUUACGACCACCACGACCACGAUAACGACAACUGUGGCUGACACCACCCGUGCAGAAGAAGAAGUGACAACCCAUGAUGGUGGCGACCCUGACGCGGAGACAACAGCGGAUGCGAACGUCGCGACGGAGGAAUCAUCCACAGCAGUGCCACCAACAACCACUGUUGAGGAAACAGCCACAACUGAUGGUGCAGAUGUGGUUGACACGACCAUCGACAUGGAUGUGCCCACGACAGCGACCGAGCCUGUCACUGGCAGUGCUCGCAAGCGGGCAACGACAACCACCGUUCCAGCCGCGUUCACCACAGAUGGGUCGUUGAUGACGACAGCGGAGCCAAUGGACACAACAACGGAUGACAUGACCUCCACGUCCACGACCACAACCACGUCCACACCCGUGCCAACCACAGAAGAGCAGCUCCCGUCCACCGACAACGCUGAUGAUUUGCUGUUCACAAGCACAGACCAAGGUGUCACAUCCACAUCCACGUCCACGUCCACGUCCACACCCGUGCCCACUACGGAGGAACAGCUCCCGUCCACCGACAACGCUGAUGAUUUGCUGUUCACAAGCACAGACCAAGGUGUCACAUCCACAUCCACGUCCACGUCCACGUCCACACCCGUGCCCACUACGGAGGAACAGCUCCCGUCCACCGACAACGCUGAAGACUUGCUGUUCACAAGCACGGACCAAGGUGUUACCUCCACGUCCACGUCCACGUCCACGUCCACACCCGUGCCAACCACAGAAGAGCAGCUCCCGUCCACCGACAACUCAGAUGAGCUGCUCACAAGCACGGAUAUGGGUAUGGACACGACACCAGCGACAACGACGACAACGACCACCACCACCACCACCACCACCACUACGGCAGCAACGACUGAGGAUGUUGCUCCAACGAGCGAUGACUCUGCGUCGUUCAUGAGCACGGCCGACAAUGCGGAGGUGCUGUCAACAACAAACGAUGUGACGUCCACAUCAAGUAGCACGUCAAGUUCGACCUCGUCCACGCCAACGACCAUCGUGCCGACAACACAGCCCUUGGUCGCGUCCACAGAAGAUGCUGCUGCGUUUGCCUCCACAACAGACGACACGGCAACAACAAGCACGUCAACUGCACCGCAAGUUCCGACCACAGAGGCUCUGGUGGCAUCGACAGAUGAUGCAGGUGGUCUGCUUCCGACAACGCAGGAUGUCACGUCCACCGGCACAUCGACAUCCACUUCGACGUCAACGUCAACGUCAACGUCAACAUCCUCCUCCUCGUCAUCGUCGUCGUCGCAAGUUCCCACAACAGACGCAGUGGUGCCGUCCACGGAUGAACAGCUGCUGAUGAGCACGAGCGAUGAUGCUGCGGUGCUGUCAACCACCAACGAUGACGUGACAUCCACAUCCACCAGCACCUCCACAUCAUCAUCAUCAUCCUCCUCCUCCUCGUCGUCCUCGAGUGCGUCCUCGACGGUGCUGCCCACUACCCAGCCGGAAAUGGCUUCCACAGAUGACAGCGAGCUGCUGUCCACAACGGAAGAUCUGACGACUACCACGACGACCACGACAACAACAACGACAACGACGUCAACGCAGAUGCCGACUACGCAACCUGCGUUUGCCUCCACGGAUGACAUGGAGCUGCUGGCCACAACCACGGACAGUAUCACAUCCACGUCAACAUCCACAUCAACAUCCACCUCAACGUCGUCAUCGUCAUCGUCAUCCACUGUGCUUCCAACCACGCAGCCGUUACUCGCAUCCACAGACAACGGCGAGCUGUUGGCAACGACCACAGACGAAGUGACAUCGACAUCCACCAGUCCAUCGUCAUCGUCAUCGUCAUCGUCAUCCACAUCAACAUCGUUUGCACCGCGCACCACGGAAGGUCUCUUGGCAUCGACUGAUGGCGGCGAGCUGCUUGCAACCACCACUGAUGAGAUGACUUCCACGCCUACUUCCACGUCCAUUUCGACGUCGACGUCAUCCUCGACAUCCUCCACCACCACAAUAUUGCCGACGACACAGCCCAUGUUCGCCUCUACAGAUGAGGAGCAGCUGCUGGCGACAACGACGGACGAGGUUACAUCCACGUCGACGUCAACUUCAACAAGCACGUCGUCGUCCUCCUCUUCCUCCUCUUCUUCCACUGUGUUGCCAACCACACAACCGUUCAUUGCCUCGACGGAUGAGGCAGGAAUGCUGUCAACAACCAAUGACCAGGAGAUGUCGUCCGCUUCAACCAGCACUACCACCACGUCGUCAUCGUCAUCCCCCGUGCCGCCAACGACAGAGCAAGUGUUUGCGUCAACAGACGAAGGUGUGCUCCUGUCCACCACAACCGACGUGACGUCGACAAGCACGACCACAACCACGACAUCCACGUCAUCUGUGGCGCCUCCAACCACAGAGCUCUUCGUUGCAUCCACAGACGAUGGCGGGCUGUUGGCGACGACAACAGAUGAAGUGACGUCCACAACGCCGAGCAUGUCUUCGUCAUCGUCGUCGUCAGUCGCACCACCCACUACGGACGCCCUGUUUGCAUCCACAGACGACGGUGGCCUGCUGGCGACAACGACAGAUGAGGCGGCCUCGAGCUCUACCACAACGUCCACAUCAACAAGCUCGUCCACGUCCACAUCCACAUUGUCCUCAACAUCGUCUUCGUCGUCUUCGUCGUCAGUUGUGUUGCCGACGACACAGCCUGUGUUUGCCUCCACGGACGAUGGGCAGUUGCUGGCCACGACGGCCGAUAUCGGAACGUCAUCAACAAGCACGUCCACGUCCACGUCAUCAAAGCCGAUUGCGACAACCCAGGACGUGGUGCGCACCACCGAUGACGGCUUGCUCGUGCCGACAACGGACGAGGGCCUGGUCACGUCCACCUCCAGCACAUCGUCAUCGUCAACAUCAACGGCACCGCCUGUGGCCACCACCGAUGUUGGGUUUGAGCACACGACGGAGGAGGACCUGCUGCCAACCACCGCCGAUAUCACGUCGACCUCAAGCAGCACGUCCACGUCGUUUGUGCCAGACGCAGUCAUCUGUGUCAACGACACGGUUCUAUACCGGGACGUAGUGCUGGUGCUGGACAGCUCGGCCAGCCUGCACCAGAGCGGAUGGGCGGACGUGACGGACUUUGCGUCCGCCUUCCUGGAGGCGUUCCCCUCGGACACGACGCACGCGCGCGUGGCCGUGGUCGUGUUCUCCACCCGCGCAUCGCUGGUUGCGGACUUUGAUGACUACCUCGGUGAUCUGCGUGGCCUCGCGUCUGUUGUGGAGACGCUUCCCUUUGAGAACGGCGCUACAGCCACAGACAGGGCGCUGCGCUUUGUGCGGCAAAACCUCAUUUCCUCCGUCGAUGCCGGCCGCCGGUCGAAUGUGGGGUCGGUUGUGAUCACGGUGACGGAUGGCGAGCCGAGUGCCUUUCAAGAAGACGUGCAGCAGCGUGUGGAUGAGCUGGUGGCAGUUGGCGCGCAGCUGUACGCGGUUGGCGCUGGCGACUUGGUGUCAGACAGCACGCUGAACUUGCUGGGCCCCGACGGCGUGUUUCGCGUGGAGUCCACGCGCUGGCUGUUUGAUCUCCUUGCUGACAACGAAUUCGACCCGAUCCUGUGCGGGGCUGCGGGCCCCUCCACGCUCUCCACCUCCUCACCACUCAAGUCCGUGUCCUCGCUGCCGUUCACGACCGAGGCCAUCACGUCGUCGGCCGUCGUGCCGCUGUGCGCCUCGGAUCCGAGUGCCGACGUGCUCUAUCAGGACGUGGUGCUGGUGCUGGACAGCUCCGCGAGUCUUCUUGAGGAAGGGUGGGCGGCUGUCGCAGAGUUUGGUGCCUUGUUCCUGGAGGCGUUCCCCUCGGACACGACGCACGCGCGCGUGGCCGUGGUCGUGUUCUCCACCCGCGCAUCGCUGGUUGCGGACUUUGAUGACUACCUCGGUGAUCUGCGUGGCCUCGCGUCUGUUGUGGAGACGCUUCCCUUUGAGAACGGCGCUACAGCCACAGACAGGGCGCUCAAGUUUGUGCGGGAGAGGCUCGUGACUGCAACGGGUGUGGGCCGCCGGUCGAAUGUGGGGUCGGUUGUGAUCACGGUGACGGAUGGUGAGCCGAGCGCACUGCAGGAAGACGUGCAGCAGCGUGUGGAUGAGCUGGUUGCCGUUGGCGCGCAGCUAUAUGCAGUUGGUGCCGGCGACCUGGUGUCGGACAGCACGCUGAACUUGCUGGGCCCCGACGGCGUCCACCACGUUGAUGAUGUGAACCACCUGCAGGAUUUGGUGUUCAACAGCGACUUUGACGCGAUGCUGUGUGGUGUUGUCGAUGUUGGCACGAGCACGACCACCACGACCACCACGAUCAGCUCGACAUCAACGUCAACAUCAACGUCGUCUUCCACUUCCUCUUACACAUCAACGUCAACAUCAACGUCGUCUUCCACUUCCUCUUACACGUCAACCUCCACCUCGACCUCUUCUUCCACUUCCUCCUACACGUCGACAUUCUCGUCCACCUCCUCGUCUUCAUCAAGCUCCACCUUCUCCUCCACCUCGUCUUCCACUUCCUCCUCCACAUCCUCGACCACGACAACUGACGCGUGGCCAACCAGUGCGCCGUCCACAUCGUCAUCGUCUUCGACUUCGUCUUCGACGUCAUCGUCUGUCUCGACCACAACGACGACAAUCACAACCGGUGUACCUGGGUCGACAUCGUCGUCUUCAUCCACAUCAUCAUCCACAUCAUCAUCCACAUCAUCGUCGUUGUCGACUGCGACGCAGGGCGACGCACCCUCCACUUCAUCAUCGUCAUCGUCCUCCACUUCGUCGUCGACGUCCUCAACGACUGAAACGCCAAGCUUCCCGUCGACCUCAUCUUCGUCAUCGUCGUCCACAUCAUCCACAUUCACGCCACCAACCACAUCCUCGUCCUCAUCCACAUCGUCAUCGACAUCAACGACGCUGUCGACUUCGACAUCGUCGUCCACCUCCACUUCCACCAGUGGUGUCAUCUCAUUCUCUGCCAGCAGCACGUCCACGUCCACAUCAUCUUCGUCGUCGACAUCAUCGUCGUCGUCAACCUCUCUCAGCACGUCAACCUCUACCUCCUCUUCGACGUCCACCUCGCAGACCACGUCCACAUCAUCGUCCACAACAUCAUCAACCUCCUCAUCCACGUCGUCUUCGAUCUCAUCGUCCACUUCAAGCACAACCUCAAGCUCGACAUCAAGUUCGACGAGUACGUCCACAUCAUCAUCUUCGUCUUCUUCGACCACCACGUCGACUUCGACGUCUACAACGUCCUCUUCAUCCACAUCCACAUCCACGUCCACAUCCACAUCCACAUCCACAUCGUCUUCGUCUUCGUCUUCGUCUUCCUCCAGCACAUCCACGUCCACUUCCACGUCGUCCUCUUCCUCCACCACAACGUCCACAUCCACAUCAUCGUCCUCAUCAACAUCAACCUCCACGUCAUCUUCGUCUUCCUCCAGCACAUCCACGUCCACUUCCACGUCGUCCUCUUCUUCCACGACCACAUCCACAUCCACGUCCACUUCCACAUCCACGUCCACAUCGACAUCUGUCACGACGACAACGCCCGAGGUGCCGUUUGCCUCUGCUGGGCGACAGCUGAGCUUUGAGGCUGCUGAUGGUCCGGCUUCAGACUCGUGGCAACUCGACACAAAUGCGCGCGUGGUGGAUGUGAGUGGCGGCCUGUGCACGCUGGUGCAGUGCAAUGCGACAGACAGCACGCUGCUGCCGCCCGGUGAUGGCACGGCGGCGCUGCUGUUCAGCGGAGCAGGGCAGGCCCAGCGCAGCGUUCGCGUGGUCUUUGACGGCCGAACGCUGGUGAGUGUGCGGUUUGCGCUUGGCUGGCCACUCGGUGCGCCAUUACCAGACUCGCUGUGGGUGACCGUGGCGGUGGUGUCGCACACGAGCACAGCAGGGCCCGUGACGGCCCUGCCUUCCCAGCAACGCAUUCGUCCGAUGGAGCUGCCACUGCUGCACGAAGGCAGCAUGGCUGAGGCUGAGGCGCUGCUUGUGGUGGAUGCCCCUGAUGGUGCCGGUGUGACCAGUGUCGACCUUGCGCUGACGCUGGCGACCAACGCCACGUCACCCAGCGACAGGCUGCUGUUUGACAAUGUCGCGGUGAGCGUGAGUAGCUUCACAUACGACACGCUUGUUGAUCUGAACGGCCCUGCGCCCGGCUUGGACGCCGAGGCCGCGUACAGGCGAGGCGAGACGCCCUCGUUUGUGUGCCCGUACGCGCGCGUGUUUGACUUGGGCACGGGUCGCCCAACGACGCUGCUGCUGCAGCUGGAUGACGGCGCAACGCAGGAACAGGUGCUGUCGGCGUCACGCGUGCCCGGGUCCUCGCUGACGUACUUUGAGGGCGUGCUGCUCAUCACAGCAGACUCCACACCGGCAUACGCGGGGGCGCUGCGAACGGCAAGCUUCCUCGACACGGACGUGGACGGCACGAAUGUGCAGCUGCUGGAUGUGGGCGUGAGCCUGACGCCCGUCUCUGCGCCCGCGGCCGUGCACCUGCGCGUGCUGCCCGAGUGCUCGCUGGACCCGGACUGCGUUGUGCCAAACGCGUGUGACGCGAGCCCGUGCGCCAACGGCGGGACGUGCAUUGCCAAUGCGACAGAUCCAACCCUGUUCACGUGCAACUGCACGUCUGCGUUUGAAGGCCCCACCUGUGAGAUGCCGCGCGACACGGACUGUGAGGUGUAUGCGGAUGCGUGCCUGAACGGAGGGACCUGCGUGAACCUUGCUGGCCUCGACAACUACACGUGUGCGUGCCGGCCUGGCUUUGAAGGCGACGACUGCGGCGUGAACAUUGACGAGUGCGACACCAUGCCGUGCGCCAACGGAGGCACGUGCUACGAUGGCGAGAAUCGGCGCUAUUGCCUCUGCCCGCUCGGGUUUGAUGGUGAGAGCUGUGAGCUUGAACUGUGCGAGCCUGUGAACUGCGAUGAGGACGGGCAGAUUUGCAUUCCCGACGACAACGUCGUCACCACAGACCGCGAUGGCAACAUCAUCUUCAACCCAGACAUUGACUCCUCGCCCUGCGGAACCUUCAAGUCAUGCCAGGAGGGUGUGUGCUGCUUUGCACCGGAGUUUUGCACGCUGAACAGCACGGUGCUGGCGCUGCUGACCAACGAGACCGUCACAGCAGCGGCCGUGCCUGCACCACAAGGCCACGGCGUGUAUGACCUGGCGACCGUCGGCGCCGUGUCUACGGUUGACCUUGUGGGCAAUGUGGACGGGUACCUGCUGCGACGUCAGGGCACGUUGUACAUCACCUUCCGGCCGGCGUCAGCGAGCGCGAGCGGCGAGCUGCUGCGGCUGCAGAUGACCUCCUCCGAUGUGCUGCUGUCUGUGCUGGUGUCCACAUACAUCCUGACGGUGCGGGUGGAGGACACGGCAUCUGCGCAGCUGUACGACGAGGUUGCCUCAUCACUUGAGGACCGCUGGUACAUGCUCAUGGUCGUGGUGAACGACACGCGUGUGGACGUGCACCUGAACAAGCAGCUGUUUGACUCCUUUGACAUCGCGCAGCCGCUCCCCGCUGGCGCCGAUGGUGACGCCGCCUUCACCCUUGGUCGCAGGUCGUCGUCGUCACUCGCUGCGUACGUGUACGCGCCGAGUGCACGCUUUGUAAAUGGCGGCGCAGCGCAGCGGGACCUGGCACCUCUGGAUCUGUUGGGGAUGGGGGAUGGCCGUGGUGGCUUGUCUGCAGUAAACGGCGUGUUUACCUUCACGGCAAAUGAGAGUCAGUACCUGCAAUUUGAUGACCCGCCACUCGUCACCGACGUUCUCACCAUCGUCGCCACAGUGGAGCAAGAAGCAAACAACAACGGCUACUUGCUAGCGAAACACGCGAGUGACGACGAUCGCAGGCUCUAUUCGCUCUACUACUCGGCCACAAGGCAAAGCAUAUGCGUGUACUACUCGGAUGCGAGCAAGGCGGUACGAAGCCGGUGCCUGGCAUAUGUCAACGAUGGCGGUCGCCACGAGCUCGUGGUGAGCAUGACGGCGUCAACCAUCAUGCUGAGUGUCGAUGGCACCGUGACGGGCAUGCUUGACGUGAUCGACCCGCUGGUUGACGCGGCAGGCACGCUGUAUGCGGGCCGUCGGUUUGGCGCCUCUUCCCCGCCCUUUGCCUUUGAGGGCACCAUGCAUGAGCUUCGCGUGCACUAUUCAGGAUCAUCGGACCCGUCUUCGUUCUAGGCCUUUUGUGUGUGUGUGUGUGUGUGUGUG